AUGUCGAUGUAUAGGUUCGUCAAAGAAGGCAGCAGCAAGCGCCUGUUUGUCCAAGGCACUCUUGAAAGCGAUGAUUCUAAACCUUUAAAGUCGAGCUUGAAGAAAUCAUCACCGUCUCCCGUAGGAUCACCAAUCACAACGAGUCUUAAUCUCGCUUCAGUACCUAGAAGUUUACGGGAAGGUUUGACAAGACAUGAAACGGUGUACGAUGGUAACUAUCCAGGAAUGGAAAGGUCAUCGAGCUAUCGUUCGGACUCGUACAGGGAAGAUAAUUACAAUGGUAGAAUCGUCCAUGACGGAAAUCAGACUCAUUUCGAGUACGACGCGGGAGAAAGUGCUUUAGCUGUGCCGUUGUCGGCCGGCGGAAGAGGUAUAUCGGAGCUACAGGCGAUUCACACGAACAAACGCAUGUCGACCGAGGUCCUUGGCUCUUCUUUGGAGUCGACAAAGAUCUCGAAGAAAGAUGAUAGCGGCCAAAGGCGAAUAACGACAAGAAUAGUCAGGAAGGUGACCACAUUGACCCGCGGCGAGGAGAAAGCUUCUGCUGAAGACCUAGCUAGAAGAGGAAGAGAAGUGCACAGAUCGUCAGAACAUUACAGACAUGUGGAGAUGGAAAGACAUCCUAGAAAAGUAAAGAUUUCGGAUAUCGUAGUGGGCCAAGAAGCGAACGUUACCGCGCGAGAGGCGCUCCUGAGCUGGGCGCGUCGCUCCACCGCAAAAUACCCCGGCGUGAGGGUCUCCGACUUCACGUCUUCCUGGCGCGAUGGACUGGCCUUCAACGCGCUCAUACACAGGAACCGCCCUGAUCUGAUAGACUGGCGUAAUAUCAGAUCAAGGCAGGUUCGCGAGCGCUUGGAGACAGCUUUCCACGUGGUGGAGAAGGAGUACGGCGUUACCAGAUUAUUAGACCCCGAAGACGUAGACACCCACGAGCCGGACGAGAAAUCCCUCAUAACGUACAUCUCGUCUCUGUAUGAGACGUUCCCCGAACCACCAGCGGUGCACCCGCUCUUCGACGCGGAGUCGCAGCGACGCGCCGCCGCUUACACCGAGCAGGCCGCGCAACAUCGCGCCUGGCUGCACGAGAAAUGCUCUCUCAUGCAGGACCGUGCUUUCCCGUCAACUUUGAUCGAGAUGAAGAAGCUGCUCAGCGAGAGCACGCGCUUCCGCAACGAGGAGGUGCCGCUGCGUCAGCGGGAGAAGCAAAAGCUCUUCCACCAGUACCGCGAACUGGAGAAAUACUUCGAAUCUGUUGGCGAAUGCGAAGUGGAGCCUACCCUGCGGCCUGAAGCGCUAGAGCAGGCAUGGGCACGCCUGCUGAUGGCGCAGCAGGAGCGUGAGCGCGACCUCUCGGACGAGAUCCGCCGCCUCGAGCGCCUGCAGCGCUUGGCCGAGAAGCUGCACAGGGAUAUAAAACAAACCGAAACCGGCUUAGACAACGUAGAACGUCACAUCGAGAGCGAGAUACGUCGCGUUGAACGCGGCGUUCAUCCAGCGGAAGCGAAGCAGGCCGCCGAACAAAUCGAACAGGAGUUGCGGACCAUGGAGCACACCAUACAGGAUAUGUUCCAGGACUGCCAAGCACUCAGGGAAGGACGUUAUCCACAGGCUACGGAAUUGCAUCGACGGGUGCAGCAGGUGCACGAGCGUUGGGUCGCGGCGCGGCAGGCGUUCACCGGGCGGCUGGUGGCGCGGCUGGGCUCGGUGCGGCUGCCCGUACAGCAGACCACGGUGCGCCGCGAGACGCGCACCGUGCUGGAGACGCGCGUGCUGGAUGCUGACCCCAGCUUCCACGCGCUGCACGCCGCCGCCACCUGGUGCCGCGACAGGCUGAAAAAACUUCACGAAUCAGAAUACGGAUCAGACCUGCCCACCGUACAACAUGAGUUGGACAAACAUCAGAGGGAGCACAAACAAAUCGACCAAUUCCACUCUAAGGUGGAGCAAUGUGUGCACAACAGAUCAAACUUUAGCGGCGAAGAACUUAACUUAUACAACCAGCAUUUAAGUCAACUACAGAAAUUGUAUGCGGAGCUGCUAUCAACAAGUACAAAACGUAUGUCAGAUUUGGACGCCUUACAAGACUUCUUGCAGUCGGCCACUGCAGAAUUGAAUUGGCUUAACGAAAAAGAACAAGUGGAACUAUCCCGCGAUUGGGCCGAUCCCCACAUCAAUCUUCCGGCCGUUCAACAUUACUAUGAACAACUGAUGUCUUCAUUGGAGAAGAGAGAGUUACAGUUCAGUAAUGUGAUAGACCGGGGAGAAGCUCUCAUCGCGCAACAUCACCCUGCUACUAAAACUAUUGAAGCCCAUCUUCAGGUGAUGCAAUCUCAAUGGGCUUGGGUGCUUCAGCUGACUUUAUGUCUAGAAACACAUUUGAAGCACACUACUCAGUACCACAACUUCUUCGAAGAGGUGAAGGAAGCAGAGAAAUGGAUACAAAAGCGCGAGGAGGCGUUGAACUCGACGUUCUCGCAGUCGGAAUUCACGCUGGACCAGGGCGAACGACUGCUGAAGGGCAUGCAGGAGCUGCGCGAGGAGCUGAACGCGCACGGCGCGCUCGUGGCACGCGUCGCGCAGGACGCGCAGCUCGUGCGCCCCGUCAAGCUGCGCCGCGCGCCCGUCACACGCCCUCUGCGUGCAGAAACGGUCUGCGCCUACAAGCACGCCAACGUGGCGAUAGAGAAGGGAUCGUCAGUGAGUGUGGUGGACAACUCGGGGCGCGUGCGAUGGCGCGUGCGCGUGGGCGGUGCUGGCACGGAGGCGGUGCUGCCGGCCGCCGUGCUGGCGCUGCCGCCGCCUUGUGCUGACGCGCUGCACGCAGCCGACGCGCUGCGCAGCGCGUACGACCGCGUGAUCCAACUAUGGCAGAGGAAGCAACUUCGUAUGCGACAAAAUAUGAUCUUCGCUACCAUCAAGGUGGUUAAAGGAUGGGACUUCCCACAAUUCGUAGCAAUGGGCGCGGAACAGCGGCAGGCGAUCCGUCGCGCAUUGAACGAGGACGCCGAGAAACUGUUGGGAGAAGGAGAUGCGGCCGACCCGCAGUUGCGACGUCUGCGACGUGAAAUAGAGGACGUGAACCGACUAUUCGACGAAUUUGAACGACGCGCUCGAGCUGAGGAGGAAUCCAAGAAUGCAGCGCGUAUCUUCACAGAGCAAUCAUCCAGCCUGCUGGAAAGGCUGGAGGUGCUUGAGAGACAGCUACAUGAACGUAUCGCGAGCCACAUCCCUCGCGACCUGGAUUCACUGGAACACCUGGUGCUGCAGCACAAGGAUUGGGAGAGCAGCUUACACACGCUCUCCGGGGAUGUGGAGGAGGUUCAGAACACCUUUAGAGGCAUCGCCCUCAAGACCCCGGCUAUGAAGAAGAGCCUGGAUAAGGUCAUGGGCAAAUGGAACGACAUGCAAUCAAAGAGCCAACUGUUCGUCGAGAGGCUGAAGUUUGUCGAGAUCGUUGUGAACAGUAUGGAGGAGAACAAUCAGACGAUAUCCGAGUUCGAGAUGAAACUCGCCCAAUUCCACGAAUUGCCCAACGAUGUGGAAUUGCUGAAAGACAUGCACGAAGACCUGCUACGUAUGCAAGUGGCGGUCAGCAAGCAACAAGUCCAGAUCGAUCAGAUGAACGACGACGCUGAGAACUGCAGGCGUCUGGUGGAGAGCUCGAGGGCUGGGUUGCCACACAGCUCACUGCCCAGGGCUGGGAAACACGUAGACCUAGAAAGGCUGGAUAAAGAAGUGUCACAGCUGAACAAUAGGUGGAAUAGUGUGUGCAGUCAGCUGGCCGAAAGGUUGCGGAGCCUCGAAGCGGCGUACCAGAUGCUCCGCAACUACAGCACGGGUCUGCAGCAGGAGGUGGACUGGGUGGACGGCACCUACAGCCGCCUGCAGCAGCAGCCGCGGGCCGCCAAAGAACACCUGGAGCCCACCCGCACUCUACUUACAAGUGUCGUAGAGAGGACACCAAAGAUAGAGAAGGUUAAUGUAGACGGCGGGAGGUUUAUACGUGAGGCUAAGAUCCACGCGUCGAGGUGUCAGCGUUACGCGGAGUGGCUGUGUGAGGAGAUCCACCCGUCGCUGGACACGCGGCAGCUGCGGCGCCAGGCGGACGCGCAGCUGGCGGAACGGCUGCGGCGCCGCGGCCGGAACAUCUCGCCGGAACAUGUUCCGUGCGGUGCGGACUGCGUGGCCCGCGAGCUGGACGAGCUUAACGCCAAGCACCAGCGCUUGCUGGAUAUGCUGUAUGAGCGCCUGAGGAGGAUAGCGGCCGCGAAUCCCGCCGAUAUCGUUACUUUGCGGCUGGUGGAGGCGAUGGCACCUCGAUCGGCAAGAACUUUCCGCCAAGAAUUCAAUAUGCAGGACGUUGCGACUACUGAGCAUACAUACACUACCUACACUUCAGAGAAAUAUAUGAGGACUUCACAUUCAACGGAACUAGACGGUCAAGUACCAAAAUCAAUGGCCAAUGGAAAAAUUAGCUCGCCUUCUUACGCUACUAAAACAAUUAUCACAGAAGAAGACAGACCUGAUGUGAGAAAGCUCAAACGAGUACAUAAAAUGUACGAAGGACCAAAUAUAAUAGAGUCACGAGGUAUAAUUCACCCGGAAACAAGAGAAAUUUUAACAGUUGGUCAAGCAAUAAGUAUGAGAAUACUUGACGUUCGAACGGGAAGACUUCUAUCCUCUCCCGAGACGAAGCAAACUAUGACAAUAGAACAGGCAGCAAAAGAAGGUCUAAUCGAUCCAAAACUUGCUGCAAGGUUAACAGGACCAUGUGGAAUGACGGAAGAUGGUAACGAAGUAACGCUUUUAGAAGCAAUUCAAAGAGAGCUUUAUGAUGCUGAACAAGGAUUGUCAGAUCCAGCAGAAAAAAGAAUAAAGGUAACUGUCGAAGGCGAGAAAUUCAGCACACAAGGAAUGAGUAUUUCAGACGCAUUAAAUCGUGGUCAGGUCGACCUACAAAGAGGUCUCUAUAGGCUUCCGAACGGCAGCCAUAUCACUAUUGCUGAAGCUUAUCAACGAGGUUAUCUAAUUUACAAAGAAAUAAUCAAAAUAAAAUCAAGCGCUUUGUCACUUUCCGAUGCUAUUAGUCAGGAUCUAGUAGACAAUAAUGGUUGGAUAUUGGACAGAAAUUCGGGCGACAGAUUCCAAUUAGAUGUUGCAAUUAAAAAUGAACUAAUCAAUACCGACUUAAGAGAAGUCGUUGAUCCUAAAAACGACACCAAAAUAACACUUGCUGAAGCAAUAGAUAGAAAUAUUAUAAAUACAAAGCUCUCUAAGUAUACACAUAAUAUUACUAAAGAAAAACUAAGCUUCAAAGAUGCAGCGAGUAAACGUUAUAUUAGUAAACCCAUGACCCUAAAAGAUAUUUGUGAUAAUAAUUUAAUGACGAAUGAUGGCAAGAUCCUUUCACCAACUAAGAAAAUACCCCUCAAUAUUUUAGAAGCCAUUUCAACAGGUGUUCUUGACAGCGAUAAUGUAAAGUGUAUUACUGAUACUACUACUGGUCAGCUAUUAACUUUGUCUGAAGCUUUAGGAGCUCGUAUUAUAUUACCUGAUAACAAAUUCCGUGACAAUUUAACGGGUGAACUUUGCACAAUACCUGAAGCAGUCGAUCGCGGCUUAAUCACAUCCGUUUCUCAAAGAUCCAUCUUCGACAUUGAUGGAUUUAAAGAUCCCAAAACCGGUGAAUUUGUUUCUUUUAAUAAUGCAUUAAGUAAAGGUUAUCUGAAGUAUGUUAAUGGCGAAACUUUCCUCAAAUCCGAAAGUGGAGAUUUCGUUUAUCUUGAAGAUUGCACUAAAGUUUCCUUAGUACGUCCUGAAGUUUUAGAGAUGUUUAACCGUAAGAUAGGUAUUUUCGAAAACAACAAAGAACUAUCUGUCUUAGACGCGGUGUUUAAAAAUAUAUUAGAUCCUAAAACUGGUCAUUUGCUUGACUUAACGACUAAAAAGCCUAUUCCAUUUAAUAAAGCUGUAGAAAUAAACAUGAUAACGCCUGAAGGUGCCGCUUUAUUAAAUUCUCUUUUGAACAUUACUCUAACUUUACAGACUGUUACAAAGACUGUCAAACGAUACGUUACAGUUACAAAUACAAAUACAUCUCAUAGAUCAGAAACUAUCAUUACAUUUGCUGAGGCCAUUCAACGUGGUCUUAUUGAUGAAACUACUCAAACGUUUACAGACCCUACAACCGGAACAGUGUUUCCGAUUCAACAAGCGCUUGACGAAGGUUUGUUAGGCGUAGAAAAAAAUGAGCCUCGAGUAGCUCGCCUUUCCGAUAAAGUAAGCAAAAAAGAAUUAGUGCCUGGUCAAGUUGUUGAGCUAAAAAUUACAAAGAAAUCUUUUAUCAAAGAUCUACCUCCAAGUCCUGAAAGUAAGUUGCAAAAAGAUACCAAGCCUGAAACUAUUAAAAGCCCAGAUUUCACUUUUAGGGAAGCUCAUCAACCGCGGCAGGACAUUACACACGAAAUCAAAACCGUAUCAUCGAAAUCCACGUCUUUAGAACCCACUGUAACUUCGCUAACAAUCAAAAAGAACACUAUUGAACUACCUCGCGGGGGGUGGUCUCUCAAAGACGCGAUUCAACAAAAUCUUUUUGAUCCUUCAUCCGGUAUGUUUAUAAUUCCUGGUACAGAUAGAGUUUUAGACUUAGGAGAAGCUCUAAAACUUAGCAUUAUUAAUCCGGAAUCGGCUAAUGUAGUAGACCCUAAAACUAAAAAAGAAGUUCCUUUGUACAGAGCAGUUUUAUUACAUAUUCUAGAUUCCGUAGGCCGGUAUAAACAUGUAACAGAAACUUUAACAAUGAAAGAAGCAAUUGAGCGUAAAUUUGUUAAAUUUGUGCAAUUAACGCCAUCUACAUCUAUUCACAAAGUUAUAACAAUUACGUCGAUGGCAGGUAUGCCUGAUAAAAUGGAAAUAUCAGAGGUAGAAUCGCAGAGCCUAGUUAAUGAAGAAUUAACAGCAUUAGAACCAGUACAGGUAAUGCCAGGUGUUAUUUUUGAUCCAGCGACAGCAUUAGUUAUUUCAACUACGUCAGGUAUUUCUGAAAACAUUGUAGAGGCAGUAGAUCGAGGUGUUGUUCCUAUGAAUACUGUAAAGGUUUUAGAGCCUCAUACGGGAAAAAGAAUAUCUUUAGAGCAAGCUUUCGAAAAAGGAUUAAUUGACAAAAACUCGGGAGAAUACAAUGAUAUUCACGGUAACAAGAUAAGCUUGGCUGAUGCAGCUAAAGUUGGUCUCGUUGCUGUAAUUGGGGCUCCAUUAGUUGCAGCCUCUAAAAUUAUUCAAGUUGUAAAGAACACGAUGGUAGUUGAUCCACAAACAGGUGAAAAUGUUCCUAUGGAAGUUGCAUAUGAAAGAGGACUUGUAGACUUAACUACAUACAAAAAAUAUGAGGACUCAUUAAAAGAGAAAUCACCAGAUAUCUCAUUUAUAUCGAGUCAAACAGGAAAACAAAAUACAACGAUAUCAUUAUCGCGCUUUAGUGAAAAUGAUAAAAAUGUUUCUGGUAAGGAAGUAUUCGAAAGAGGUAUAGUAGAUAAGAACGUGCAACAAAAAACUGAAACAUCCUCUGUAAUAACAUCAACAAAAGUAUCUGAAAUGAUUACAAAUGAGGCAUACGAAAAGGGAUUGGUUGAUCCUCUGGUUUACAUGAAACAUCUAGAAUCAGUCAAGGAUUUGUCACGGGACGAAACAUAUACAGUAAAAGAAAUAAAUAAAUCUUUAGAUCUAAACAAAAUUAAUAAACCAAUGUCUGUAGGCGCAGCUGUAUCAGAAGGUUUUAUAACUGUAGAAUCAAUACAAAACAGUAUAUUGGCUAAUACUGGCAGUAAAGAGUUUUUGACGGAUAAACAUACCCGUCCAUCACAUGUUAUUCAAAUUAACAAGAAACAUGGCGGUGAGAAGCCUAAAUACCAUGCCGCUAAAAAAAUUAUGAGUGAAUAUGCCGAAUCUAAACCAAUUAUACUAUCGAAACUAAGAAAGCGAGUUAUUAGUCCUCUGGAAGCUUUGGAAAAGGGCUUAUUGGAUGAGGAUACAGCUAAAAUGUUGGACUCAAUCAAAAUAUAUAAAAACAAAAAUGACCAACCUAUAACACUUAAAAAUGCUAUAGAAAUAGGACUUAUCGAUGAAAAUAAAGGAAAAAUUGUGGAUCCAAUUCAUGGUGAUUCGCUCACAAUUAAGGAAGCCAUUAAAAGAGGUAUCUUAGAUGAAGAAUGCCAAGAUGAAAUAUUAAUUCCAAUUGCUAGAAGCUUAUCGAUCCCAGAAAUAAUGCAACAGGGAUUAUGGGAUCCGGCUUCUGAAAAAAUUAUACAUCCUGAGUCUGGUAGUCUUCUCACACUUAGAGAAGCGAUCAUUUGUGAUAUUGUUGAUCCACUAUCUACAGUUACAAUAGCUCCUGGUAAUGAUAUAACCCUUGCACAAGCUAUGGAAAAGAACUUUAUCGAUAAUGAAAAAAAUGUUGUGAAAACGAGUGAAGGUGUUUUAGAUUUAUUAUCAGCAGUAAAUGCAAGAAUUUUCCCUGAAGUUCAAGUUAAACCUUUGGAACAGAUUCCCUUAGCUGCAAUGACCCUUUCGGUGGCAAUAAAACAUAGUUUAUUAAAUCCAGUAAAGAGUGAAGUAAAACAUCCUCUGACUGGUGAAAUAAUUCCUCUAGAAGACGCCGUUGAAAAGGAUUUAUUGAUGGGAAUUCCGUAUCCACAAACACCUAACACACUUACUCUUAAAGAAGCAGUCGAUAAAGGUGUAGUGGAUCUGUUGAAUUACACAUUCACCGAUCCAAACACAAAAGAGUUAUUACCUGUUGAUAAAGCAAUGGAGCAAGGAUUACUGGCCAUAAAAAUUGAUCCUGAAAUAUCAGAUAAAAGUAGUAUUGUGACUACCAUUACUGAAACAUUUACAUCGCAACAUACAGUGACGACUAAAAUGGUUGAACUUCUGACGGACUACGUAUUAAUAAGUGCUAACGAAGUACAGAAUACGAAAACGGGAGAAAUAAUUUCGAUAGAAGAAGCACGGUUAAAAGGCAUUAUUAGAGAUGAACAAAUGAAUAAAGAACAGUUUUUAACAAGUGACUCCAAUAUAAGUUUUAAUGAUGCUUUAAUGUGUGGUUAUAUUAAUUUAGCAAAAGGUACAUUCACUAAUCCUAUGACUGGGGAAACCGUUAGUGUAACGGAAGCUGUAAACAGUGGAUUAUUAAACACUGAAAUUCAAUCCAAUACUACAACUGAAAUAAAAACGCAGGAUUUAAAUAUGCUUGAUCUUAAUGAAGCAUUUGAAUUACUCUUUGAUGAGAAAACUCAAAAAUUCAAAGAUCCUAAUUCACCAAACAAGGUAAUUACCUUUAAGGAAGCCCUUGACAGAAAAUUGAUCAAUCCUGAGUCUGUUAUAUAUAAAUUAGGUUCAGAUAAACCCUUAACUUUACAAAAAGCUGUCGAAUCAGGCGUCUUAGAUACAAAGAGUGGAAAAUUAAAAGAACCUAACUCUGGCAAAUCAUUUGAUGUUAGAAAAGCAGCGAAGAUGGGACUGUUAGCAGUCGUUGCAGCACCCGUAUUAGCUGGCAUGGCUGUAGUCCAAGGAGCACAAGCUGUCACUAAAAAAGUUAUAAUACCUAAACCAAAAGAUUCUGUUGCUAAGAAAAUUACUAAUGUCGUUUCUAAAAAGGAGAAGACAGAUGCUAUGCAUAUUACAGCCCAGAAAACAAAAUUGGAAACUGCAGAAAAUGAUGAUAAAGACAUAAACAUCAAGAAAAUUAAUAUAAAUAAAAUAUUUUUAAAGGGAUCUCAAGAUGAAACUCCUACUUUACAGAAAUCAGAAAAUAAAAAUCAAAAUAAAGACAUAUCUCCAAAGGAUGAACAACCAAAAACAAAAUCAGAGAGUUAUAAAAAAGGAUCUGAUGAAUUGUUAAAAAAUAAUCAUUCUGUACUAAUUUUGAAAAAUGAAGAAAAUUCGUCUCCACAACCAUUAACAUCUCAAGACUCAUUGCAAGAAAAAAUGUCUAAGUCGUCAUUAACGAAACAACAAGAUCAAAAAGAUUUUGAAACGACAUCUUGUAAUAUAGAAGAAUCAGCUGUGUUAAAAAUCGUUUCAGACAGUAAGGAUCAAAACUAUCAAGGUGAUGAUAAGUUUUCUUCUAACUAUGAUUCAAACAUUAAGAUUGAACAUGGAGAUGAAGUAAAAGUAUCAAAACCAGAAAAAAGUAUACUUCGUACUGACAAACAUUUAAAAGAUGUAAAUUCCAAACAUUUGAAUAAAGAUGUCUCCAAUAUUUCACAAUUCACAGAAAAGGAUAAGUCAGAGCGAGUUUAUGACCAUCAAGUGAAAAAAGAUCAUCCUUCCACUGUUCAAGAUUUUGGGAGUUAUGUGCCUGGUAGUGAGGAAAUUACCGAAGCUAAAAAGAUGAUUUCUAAGAACACACCUCCAGAAUAUAUUCGCGAGUAUAGUGAUCCCGUAAUAUCAAAAGCUACCAAAGAUACAAUAAUUAUGAAUAAAUCAAAUCAAAAUCAGACUAGGCCUGAUAUCGUUACUGAUGAGAAAAGCUUACCAUCCAACAUUCAUACACAUUAUGUUGAAAGUCAUCAAGUACAAGUGGAGUCACCCGAUCAAGUUGAUAAAGAUUUAUGUCAACUGCAAGAUGCUGACAAAUCAAUAAGAAAAGAAGCUCCCCAAGAUUCGUCUUAUAUUUCUAGCAAAGAAAAACAUUUAGAUAGUGCUAGGCCUGUUGUUGAUACAGAACAAUUUAAAACAAAUAAAUCUGCAAGUCAAAUAGAAAAACAAAUUACAAAAGUAGCAGACAUUAACAAAUCAGAAAACCCUCUUGAAAUAGCAACAGGGCUAAUUUAUGAUCCUAAAACAAAAACGGUAAUGUCUACUUCUUCCGGUUUGGAAGAAGAUAUCUUAACUGCUGUUAAUAAUGGCACUAUUUCCGUUGAAUCUGUAAAAAUUUUAGAACCUAUAAGUGGAAAAGAAAUGACUUUAAAGCAAGCCAUUGACAAUGGCAUUGUUAACAGGGAAACGGGCAGUCUUAAAGAUAAGACAGGGAAGUCUAUAACUAUUGCCCACGCUGCUCAGAUAGGAUUAGUGGCUGUAGUAGGUGUACCAAUUUUAGCGGCCUCUAAAUUGAUUGACGUUGUCAAAAGUGCUGUUGUAGAUACCAAUUCUGAUAAUCAGACUCAGUUGGAAAAAACACCAACUAAAGGUUUAAUUUACUCUGACAUCCCAGUUGAAUUUGCUAAACCAAAAAUAACUGAGAAAGCGAAAUCUAUUCCUGUAUCGGAAAUAUUGGAUUUCGAUAAAAACUUAGAAAGUCAUAUUUCUACUUCCGUCACGCACCCUUCGCAAGUAGCACUUACAAAAACCUCUGUACAAAUCCCAACUCAGUUAACUUCAUCAAUUGAAAGUACAUUACUUCAAAAAGAAAUCGGUGAACGCCCACAUGCAGAUGUUAAAACUAUAUCAUCUAUGUUUAUUGAUGCUGAAAAACAGCCCCUAAGAGAUGUAGACGAAAUUACUGAACAUAAUGUAACAAAAAUAAAAGCGGAACAAGUUAAACCACUUUAUGAAAACGUACCUUUAAUUGAUGCCAUUGUAGAAGGUAAAAUAGAACCGAAAGUAUGUAGGAUUAUAAUAAAUAAUAUUGAGUCUCCGCUCACAGUUCAAGACUCUUUAGAACAAGAACAAAUUAGUAGAUUCACACCUGUAGACGUAGUUUCUAAAAACUGUGUAGUUGUAAAACAAUUUAAACCAAAGUAUAGCAUUUCAAUUUCUCAAAAGUUAACCCCUGAGGAACUAUCCGAAAUGGGAGUUUACGAUAUAGAAAAACAAAUAUUCUUAAACCCUGAAACUGGCACGAAAAUUACCUUUGAAGAACUUGUUUAUGGCUUACAUAUUUUUGAUCCAACAACCAUUUUAGUUAAAGAUCUAAAUUCAAAGUCCGAUAAUUAUAUAACUUUUGAUGAAGCUAUUGCUAGACCUAUAAUUGAUAAAACAACUGGCCAUAUGGUUAAUCCUAAAACAGGUAAGCGUGUUUCAUUUUGGGAAUGCGUCCAAAUAGGUUGGAUAGUUGAAAAACCAGAAGAUGUUUCAAUUUCUGAACAAACAACUAUAGAAACGGCUUUUGAAAAAGGACUAUAUAAUCCUAAAACUGGUGAGAUCCAAGAUGUUAAUACAGGAAAAUUAAUACCAAUUGGUGAGGCAGUUGAAAAACACCUAGUAGAUCAAGAAUCGUUACUGAUAAAAUUACCACGUUCUAAUAAAACUAUUUCAUUAUCAGACGCUUUAGAUCGAGGUAUUAUAGAGAUACAUAAAGGAGUCAUUACGAUUAUUGAAACACGUGAAACUAUGGAAAUAUCUGUCGCAAUACAACGUGGACUCAUAACCAUUAUUCGACGGCCAAUUUCUAUCGAAGCAGCUAUUAUUAAUGACAUGUAUGAACCCACGUCAGGUAAAAUCAAAGAUAAUGUUACUGAACAAUUGAUAUCUGUCGAAGAUGCAGUUGACAGAAAUAUUGUACAUCCUACUAUAUCUGAAGUUAAAGAUACUGCAUUAGAAAAAUUCGUACCCCUUUCUGAAGCUCUUGAAAUGAAACUUGUUGAUCCUAAUACUGGAAAAUAUAAGGAUAAAAAGACUGGUAAAGACAUUCCUUUAGAUGAUGCUUUGAAAAAGGGCCUAAUCGCGACAAAGGAUGUUACAUUUUCGUUAUUCGAUGUUAUUGAUAUGGGCUAUUACUCCCCAGACACUGGUCUUGUGCUAGACCCGAAAUCUGGUCAUAAAAUAACACUUAAAGAAGCUAUAGAGACGAAACUAAUUGAUCCUUCUGAUUUGAAAAUUAAAGAUGAUAAUUCGGAAGCGGUUAUACCUUUCAAACAGGCUGUAACAUCGGGUCUUUUAGACUUAAAACGUGGCGUUAUAACCAGCCCACUUUCUAAUCUUAAAGAUGCUUCUGAAAAAGGUUAUUUAUUAAGCGAUAAAAAACCAAUGUCUUUACAAGAGGGAUUGGUUCAGGGCUUUUAUGAUCCAGAUACCGGCUUUUUAACUAUUAACAAUGACACCAUGACCCUAGAAGACGCAAUUAAAAUCGGUAACAUCAAUCCAGAAGCCUUAACUGUUAAGGAUUCUAGUACGGGAGAAAUUAUUUCACUGUCAGAUGCCAUUAAAGAAGGAAUCAUUGAUUCUAAGGAAGGUAAAGUUACAGACCCAGUACAGGGAGAUAAAAUAUCAUUAAUUGAUGCUUCUGAUCGAGGUUUAAUAAUUCCAGCUAAACGUAAAUUGAGUUUACCAGAGGCCGUAUUUAAAGGAUUUUACGAUCCGAAAACUGGUAAAUUUUCUCAUCCUCAAUUUAAAGACAAAAUAGCAACAGAUAGGGCAAUUAAAAAACGUAUGUUAGAUCCUCAAUCAACCCUUGUACACAUUGGAGGUAAAGUGAUACCAUUUGAAUUUGCCGUCGAUAAAGGUAUUGUGGAUGGCAGAACUGGUACAAUUGUGCUAGGUGAUGAAAAAAUUGAUUUCCGUGAAGCUUUUGAAAGAGGCAUUUUAGUAGAGGUGCGAAAACCUUUAUCAUUAAUAGAAGCGCUUGAAAAAGGCGUUUACAGUGAAAUAACAGGGCUUUUUAUGGAUCCGCAAAGUGGUAAAAAAUACACCCUGGCAGAAGCCAUCAAAAUGAACCUAAUAGACCCACAUUCUGUGCAUAUUCGGUAUAACAAAUUAGGCAAAUGGGACAAUAUUACUCUAGCUGAAUCGAUAGAAAAUGGAGUCAUCGAUAAUAAGACAGGCAAAAUAAGAAAUAUCAAUAAUGAUAACGAAGAGAUCAGUCUUCGUAAAGCAUUCGAGAUUGGCUUACUUGUAGACAGUAAAGCUCCUAUUAGCCUCCAAAGAGCGUUACACCAGGGCUUGUAUGAUGAGAGUACUGGUAAAAUCAUUGACCCAGCAACAACUCGUAAAAUCACUCUUCAUGAAGCGAUAAGACGCUCGAUUAUAAGUCCAAAAUAUCUAUGCUAUUUCGAUAAAAAAUCUGAAAAACCUUUAACAUUAACCGAUUGCUGUCGCAGCGAAAUCGUAGAUAGAAGAAGUGGGAAAUUUAUUGAACCAGGUUCCGACGUUCAAAUACCUUUAUCUGAAGCUAUGAGUAUAGGCCUUAUCGUUGACAUUGAAAGUGCAGGAUUUAGUCUAUACGAAACUUUAUCUAUGAAUAUGUAUAAUAUUACGGAGUUAAUAUUUAUCCACCCAGUUACUGAACGAAAACUUUCACUUAAAUCAGCUAUCACUGAAGAACUCAUCAAUCCCAAUACAUCCCUUGUUAAAAAUAUUCCGUCAAGUAAAUACAUUAAAUUAUCUGAAGCGAUACAAACUGGUAUUAUAGAUGAAAAUAACAGCGUUUAUAUCUUGCCAAAUGGCAAUCAAAUCAAUUUAUUAGACGCAAAACACCGGGGACUCAUUGUAAAUCCUAAGAAGAAUCUCAGCCUCGAAGAAGUAAUUAGAAACGGCUUAUUUAGGGCAGACAAUGGCAAAAUAGUCGAUCCAAGUACAAAUGAAUUUGUUGACAUCAACAAAGCCAUAGAAAUUAACCUUAUUAAUCCUGAAUUAACUAUUGUUAAAGACAACUUAACAAACAAGUUUAAACCUCUGCUUACUGCAAUACAACAUGGUGAUGUGGACAUCACUAAAGGCAGAGUUCUCGAUACAAAAGCAAAGAAAACAUAUAGCAUUGAUAUUGCUUUUGAUAAAGGUCUGCUAGUUACUGUUGUUCAACCAUUAACUUCACAAACGGUUACAAAACGUUACUUAACUGAUUCGUCUGCUGUAAAUGAGCCGAUAUUAAGGGAGUUUACGUUAGAUGAAGCAAUUAAGUAUGAAUUUAUAGAUCCGGAAACUGCUUUAAUUAAAGAUCCACAUAAAAACAAAUACAUUACAUUAUCGUUAGGUUUAUCUGAAGGUAUUGUUGAUAAAAAUAUUAAGGGAUCCUUUGACACACAAACUGGUAGAUCACGUACGUUAUGUUUCAUUUUUGAAAAUAGCGUUAUAGUUUACGUUCGCGAGCCACUUACGUUUGAGCAAGCGUUAGAAAAUGGUCAUCUCAAUGUUAAUACUGCUCGAUUUACUGAUCCACAUUCCAAACAAGUUUUAACUGUAAAAGACGCGGCCACCUUAGGCUAUAUUGAUUCAGACACAGCGCUUAUAAAAGAUAAUCUGAAAAAGAGGCUAGUGAAGCUGCCAGAAGCGUUCCGAAAAGGGCUUAUGGAUGCUGAAAAAGGAAACAUUUUAGACACUGAGACCUCUAAACUUAAUACUUUGUCGGCGGCCAUUGAUAGUGGCCUCCUUAUGACUCCCAAGAAGAGCUUUAGUUUGAUUGAAACUUUAAAUUUCGGCAUUUAUAACCCAACAACAGGGGCACUAAAUGAUCCAUUCAUAACUACAAGCGUGAUGGAUAGAAAGAGACUAACCCUUGGCGAGGCGAUCCAACAAGGAAUUGUGGAUCCAUCUAGUACUGUCGUCAAAGAACCCGAAACAGGAAAGAUUUGGCCAUUGAUUCAAGCUAUAGAACAAAAAUUGAUCAACCCUGUUGAAGGCAGGCUAAUUAUUGAUCCGGUAAAAGGCUCUAGCCUCGAUUUAGUCAAGGCGCUAAAGAAGGGAUUCUUGCUGCCAGCAGAAACAAGGCAAGCAGUUGAGGAGAAAUACAGACUAUGCGAUGAUACCCUUUCCAAGUUGCUGGAAUGGAUCGCCGAUGUUGAGGAAAAAUUAGCAAACCAGGAGCCAGUGAAAGAGAACAUGGAAGAGCUUCGUAAUCAAAUCAACGUUUUAAAGAUAGUUAAGGAUGACCUCGAGAGUCAUCAGCGCCAGGUUUCAGCCUGUGCCGAUCAAGCCAAACAGCUUCUUGUGUCUGGAGGCGACGUGCUAGCCCCUCAUGAGGUGGCAGCCCUUGAGCGGGGAGUGCGUCAACUGAAGCAGAAGUAUGACAGAUGCACUGAGAGAUCUGACAAGAUGCUGAGAAGGCUUGCAGCCGCCAAAGAUGAACUUGGCAAAUUCACGAACGAACUUAACGCCUUCGAAACGUGGAUGGACAGCGCGUACAGAAACCUGGAAGAUAAGGAAGCCGCACUUGCCAAUUUAGACAACCUGCCGUCGCACAGCGAGGAUGUGCGCGAGUUCGUGUCGGACGUGAUCGCACACCAAGCUGAUUUGAGGUUCAUCACCAUGGCCGCACAGAAGUUUAUUGAUGAGAGCAAGGAGUUCGCGACGACAGUGAACGAACAUCGGGCGUCCAUAGAGUCUCGCGGCGCAGCAUUGAGCGUCAGUGGUGAGCGGGUGCGCGAGGAGGCGGCGGAGGCGCGCCGGCGCCACGCCGAGCUAGCGGCGCGCGCGCAGCGACUGCUCGAGCGCUUGCGAGCUGCCGACUCACGUCUGCAGCGCCACCGCGCCGCGCUGCAGCGCGCGGAGCGCUGGCUGCACGAGGUGGAGCCACAGGUCCGAAGCGCCCUAGAAGAGGCGAUCGGUGGGGAGCCCCGCGCUGUCGAAUCCCAACUGCAGCACAUCAAGGCCCUGCACAAUGAAAUACUGUCACAGGGACGCCUUAUUGAUAACGCUAAAGAGGCUUGCGAGCAGCUCCUCAGCAGCCUAGAAGGCAGCGUCACACCAUCAGAGAUGCGGCAACUGGAAGGACCAGUAAUAGAACUAACGGAACGUUACAACGAGAUCGGUAACGCGGUGGCGUCGCGUUGCGCCGAGCUGGAAGCAGCGUUGCUACAGUGCCAAGGACUCCAAGACGCCGCGGAGACACAAGCAAUGUGGCUCAAUCAGGCUGAAAAUAAUUUGACGAGUCAAUUGAAGCCGGCGUCGCUGAUUCGCGAGCGGCUCGACGAACAAAUCCGCGAGCAACGCGUGUGGCACGGCGAGGCGGAAGCUCGGCGCGCCACGUUCGCUAAGCUGCUGGCCGCCGCCAGGGACGCCGCGCUCACGCCAUCCAACGCCAGAAUCGCCAAGAAGCUGGAGCAACGCGCUGAGGACAUGUACUCUAGAUACGAGAAGCUAGUGGAGAAGUCUCUCCGACGCGGGCAAUUCCUGGAGGAGGUGAGCGGCGAGCUGGGCCGCUUCCAGCAGCAAGCCGCGCGUCUGGAGGCCGCGCACGCGCAGCUGCUGCAGGCGCUGCAUGAUGCUCGCGCGCACGACCUGCCCGCGCAAAGGGACAAACAAAUGCCGCUGCUGGAGGAGUGCCUCCAUACCGGCAAACAACUUCUCGCCAAGAAAGACAUCACCGACACCUAUGUUGUGCGUGAUAGGAUGAAGGCUCUGGAGAACUUAUGGCGCGACUUCAAUACCGCACUGGAAGAGAAACAGAAGCUAUCUAAACAACGUGCCGACCAACUCAAUCAAUACGAGUCGCUCAGGAUUCAGGUGCAAGAAUGGCUGCAAAUGAUGGAGGAGCGGGUUGCUCGCUUGCAGCCAGUCGCUGUUGACUUGGACAUUUUGAAGACACAGCAUGAAGAGCUGCGACCGCUGACCAAAGAACACAGAGAUUUCUCUAUUACCAUAGACAGGGUUAACGAAGCCGCUGCUUUGUAUGAAAAUCUAACGAGGGGCGACCGUGCCGACAGUCCACACAGAAGGAGACAGAUAUACAGCCCGACAAAGAGGCAAACACCAACUCGUUCGUUGGACGCGAGAUCGCCGUCACCAAGCAAAGGGCACUUAGUGAGCCCUGGGUCUCACUCGACUUCUAGUGGAUUCUCGUCGCGACGCUCUAGUCAAGAUGGCUUCCAUCUUGAAGACCUAUCUCCAGUGCAGCAGCAUAUUUCCGACAUCAACAACCGGUACGGGCUGCUGGGCAGCAAGCUGUCCGACCGCCAGGCCGAGAUUGACAAUAUCAGGGAGGAAAUCCGGAAGCAUCUCGACAACUUGCGCACUCUCAACAAUUUCCUUGACAAGGUGCAAAGACAACUGCCGAAGGAUUCCGUUCCUAACACGAAAGAAGAAGCAGACAAGACGAUCAAACAGGCGCGAGCCGUACUAGAGGAGAUGUAUGAGAAACAGAGCUUGCUGGACUCUACUAAGACCCAGGUCCGCGAACUUCUGAAGCGCAAACAGAGCGUACAAGGCGCGGAUCGACUGCACGAUGAGAUGGAGGAUGUCGCAUCCAGGUGGAAGUCCUUGCAUGAUGCCUUCAAAGACAAGAUCCAGCUAAUGGAAGAGAUGAAGGACUUCCAUGACACUCACAGUAACCUGUCUCAAUGGCUUGCCGCAAAGGACCGAAUGAUGGCCGCUUUAGGGCCUAUCUCAUCCGACUCGAGGAUGGUGCAGACACAAGUCCAACAGGUGGUGGUGCUGCGCGAGGAGUUUCGCGCACAGCAGCCGCAGCUGGCGCACCUGCAGCGCGUGUGCAGCGCUGCGCUGCAGCGCCUGCCGCACGAUGCUCCUGACGCCGCAGCGCUGCAGCAGCGCGUGCAGCUGCUGCAACAGCACUGGGCUCGCCUGCUCGACCAGCUGGAGCGGCGCGCGGCGAGCCUGGGCGCGGCGGCGGACUCCGCGCGCGAGCUGGACGCGGGGCUGGCGCGUCUGCGCGACGCGCUGCUCGCACUUGCCGACCGCCUGGACCAGGCGCCCGCGCACCCGCCCGACGAGCGCCUGCGCACCAUCGAGAACCUGGAAAGACAACUGGAAGGGCAGCGGCCCCUGCUAGCAGACCUGGAAGGAGCAGGCGAAGCGCUAGGCGCAGUGCUCGGCGAGGCUUCAGCGCGGCAGGACGUGGCCGCCAAGCUGGCCGGCGCCGCGCGCCAGUACGAUGCGCUGCAGCGCCGCCUCGACAUCGCCAAGGCUGAGGCCGAGGCCGCGCUCAAGGAAGGACGCAACCUGGAAGAGAACGUGGCGCGCACAUUAGGCUGGCUGCAGACAGAGCUGGCGGCGCUGCCGGGCCGCUUGCAGGUGUCGGCAGCACGCGCACGCUUGCAGCAGCAGCUGGAGCAGCACGAGCCGCUGUACCGCGAGCUCUCGCAGCGCGAGCACGAGAUCAUCAUGCUGCUGGACAAGGGCCGUGAGAUGGAAAAGAAACCUUCCCACGAAGGUCUUCGUAAAGACCUGGAUAGGAUUCAGACACAGUGGGACAAGCUCAAGCGAGAAACUGUUGACAGAUACACUCGCUUACAAACUGCUAUGGAACACUGUCGCAAAUACAGCAAAGCGCAGGAAUCCUUCUUACCUUGGCUUUCUGACACCGAGGAGCAUCUGGAAAAACUUCCUCCAACUGGAUUUACUAAGAAGGAAGUCGAAAAACUGCUGCGCGAACUGCAGCAAAUUAGAAACGACAUAUGGAAGAGGUCUGGAGAAUUCGAAAACAACAAAACUCUCGGUGAAACGUUUAUUUCAUCUUGCGACGUUGACCAGGAAGUGGUUAGGAAACAAAUUGACAGCAUGAAGGAGAGAUGGGACAAAAUCAAUAAUGUGGUGCUGCAACAGGUGGAAUUCCUGGAGGCGACGGCGCGCAAGCUGGGCGAGUUCCAGGAGCGCGUGCGCGGCGUGGAGGCGCCGCUGCAGCGCUGCGAGGAGCGUCUGGCCGCCGCGCGCACUUCCUCCCCGGCAGCCGCACGGGACGCCGUGGCGCGCCUCAUGGACCAGCUGCACGCGCUGCGUGCACCGCUGCAGAGUGUUCACUCAGCAGCCGAUGAUAUAAUUUCCCUUGCACUUGAGUGCGGAGGAGCAGAACUGGCAAAUAGAGCGCGGCCCGUAUUGGAAGAGACCGCUAGAGCUCUGGCCGAACGUUUGCAACUCUUGGAAGGCCAAGCCGAUGAUGCUCGAGAUAAACUUGCUGGUGCCACUGCUGCGCUCGCGCAGUUCCAGGAUAAAGUUAAGGGCGUAUCCCACGACCUAUCCGACUUGGAAAAGGAGCUGGACGGCAUGAAAGCUCCAGGCCGCGACAUAAAAACAGUCCGCCAACAACUCGAUGAUCUCGGACGCUUCUACAAGCGCUUGGAAAACGCAGAAGAUCUUAUUGCGGACACCGAAAGGGCGGCCGAGAACCUGGUCGAUAGUGGACACUCCGUCGAUACCUCAAAGACCCGGGAUCAGGUUGAGAGUCUACGUAAAAAGCUGGGUAAACUGGAUGAACGCGCUCGUUCUAAGGAGCAAGAUUUGGAUGACACCUUAAGUAAACUGGAAGCCUUCUACAAGGCGUAUGAUUCGGUUAUGGAUGACGUGCAGGAGGCCUCAGAACAAGUGCGUAGUCUCAAACCAGUAUCGUCAGAGGUGGAACAUAUUCGCUCACAGCAGAAGGACUUCGCGGAUCUGAAGCGACAAACCUUAGAGCCCUUGGGACAGAAUGUCGCACACUGCAACAAGAUCGGCCAGGGUCUGGUGCGGUCCGCGCUGCAGGGUGUCUCCACGCAACAGCUUGAGAAGGAUUUGGAGAAGAUGAACGACAGAUGGAACGCGUUGAAGGAGAAGAUGAACGAGCGGUCGCGGCGGUUGGACGUGGCGCUGCUGCAGUCGGGCAAGUUCGCGGAGGCGCUGGCCGGCCUGCAGCAGUGGCUGGCCGACACCGAGGACAUGGUGCACCACCAGAAGCCGCCCUCCGCCGACUACAAGGUCGUCAAGGCGCAGCUCCAGGAACAAAAGUUCCUGAAGAAGAUGCUGAUGGACCGGCAGAACUCUAUGUCGUCUCUAUUCGCGAUGGGCAACGAAGUGGCGGCCGGCUGCGAGCCGGCGGAACGCAAGAGUAUAGAGAAGCAGCUGAGGGGACUCAUGCAGCGUUUCGACGCACUCACCGACGGGGCUCAGCAGCGCAUGCUGGACCUGGAGCAAGCCAUGAAGGUCGCGAAACAAUUCCAAGAAGAACUUCAGCCUUUGGUGGAAUGGCUCUCCAGCGCAGAGCACCAGGUCAAAGCUUUGGAGCUCGUGCCCACUGACGAGGAGAAGAUUCAGCAAAAGAUCAGAGAACACAAGAUUCUCCAUGACGACAUCCUUUCUAAACAACCGGCGUUCAAGCAGCUCACUGAAACUGCCUCAACACUAAUGGCUCUGGUCGGAGACGAUGAGGCUACGGCCUUAGCGGAUCGACUACAAGCCGGUACCGACAGAUACCAAGCAUUAGUGGACCAUAGCUUGAACAUCGGCGAACUUCUAGACAACUCUCGCAAAGGUCUUCGCCAUCUCGUGCUGACGUACCAAGACCUAUCUGCUUGGAUGGAUGUCAUGGAACAGUACCUGGCUAAGAGGAAGGUGCUGCCGGUGCAUAUGGAGAAACUGCUCAGACAGAUGGACGAGUUAGCAGAGAAAACCGAGGAAAUUGCGGCGAAACAGGAAGAAGUAGAUAGCACAGUGGAAUCUGGUUUAGAACUAAUGAAGCACAUCUCUGGAGACGAGGCGCUGCAGCUGAAGGACAAGCUGGACGCAUUGCAGCGACGUUACAACGACCUCACGAGCCGCGGAGCAGAGCUGCUGCGCGUUGCUUCCGAAACCUUGCCGCUGGUGCAACAGUUGACAAACAGCCAUACAAAGUUAACAGAAUGGAUGUCUGGUGCGGAAUCGUGCUUACAAUCUGUAGAACCGCGUGAAGAAGAUAUACUGAGAUUGGAAGCUGAAAUUCAGGAGUACCGACCAGUACUUGAAAACAUCAAUCUGAUAGGACCACAGUUGUGCCAGAUUUCUCCUGGCGAGGGCGCCACUCAUAUAGAGGGCAUAGUGACCCGGGACAACCGACGCUUCGAUGCCAUCGCUGAACAAGUACAGAGGAAGGCUGAACGAGUGUUGCUCAGCAAGAAGCGGUCGCUGGAGGUGGCGGGCGACAUGGAAGAGCUGGUGGAGUGGCUGCGCGCGGCCGACGCAGCGCUGCGCUCCGCGGACCCGCCGGGCGUGGCGCCGGCGCGCCUGCGCGCGCAGCUAGCGGCGCAGCGUCCGCUGGCCGAAGAGGUGGCAGCACAGCGCGUGCGCGCCCGCGACCUGCUCGCGCAGGCCAAGAAGGUUCUCCGCGAGUGCCAGUCGAGCGAGGAGGCUGCGGUGAUCCGCGAGCGCAGCGAAGAGCUACGCGAGAUGAUGGACGAGGUGGGCCGCCUCAGCGCCGCGCGCCUCGCCGCACUCGAGCAGGCGCUGCCGCUCGCCGAGCACUUUGCUGACACGCACCACGGAUUGUCAUCAUGGCUAGACGAGAUGGAAGAUCAAAUCCAGAUGCUGGCUAUGCCUGCGCUACGCCCCGAGCAGAUCGUUCAGCAGCAAGACAAAAAUGAGUUGCUGCAACAAUCGAUCGCCGGGCACAAGCCGCUGGUAGACAAACUAAUGAAGACUGGUGAAGCGUUGUCCAAACUCUGCGGAGAGGAGGACGCGUCCAAACUACAGGACAUAGUGGAGACUGACUGCGAACGGUACAACGCCUUGCGAGCGGAGCUGAGGCAGCGUCAACAAGAAUUAGAACAGGCGUUACAAGAGUCAUCGCAGUUCUCAGACAAGUUGGAAGGGAUGCUGCGUGCUCUAGCCGGCACCGCAGAUCAACUGCAUCACGCCGAGCCAGUGUCCGCCCACCCGCCUAAGAUACAGGACCAAAUCGAGGAGAACAAUGCCCUAUCUGAGGACCUGGACAAGCGACAGGAGGCGUACAACGCAGUGCAGCGCGCCGCCACUGAUGUCAUCAGCAAGGCCAACAAGAGCGACCCGGCUGUCAGAGACAUACGCAACAAGCUCGACAAGCUCAACAAGUUAUGGGACGACGUGCAGAAGGCGACGAGCGCCCGCGGGUCAUCACUGGAGAGCGCUCUGGAAUGCGCGCGACGCUUCUGGCAGCAGCUGCACGCCGUCAUGCGCACGCUGGCGGAGCUGGAGGACGCGCUCGGUGCGCAGCCGCCGCCCGCCGCCCAGCCGCGCGCCAUACAGCUGCAGCAGGUGGCGCUGCAGGAGAUCCGCCACGAGAUCGACCACACCAAGCCCGAGGUUGAGAAAGUCCGCAAGACCGGUUCGACUCUCAUGUCGAUUUGUGGCGAACCCGACAAACCUGAGGUGAAGAAACACAUGGAAGAUCUGGACAACGCAUGGGACAAUAUCACAGCGCUGUACGCUAGAAGAGAAGAGAAUCUCAUCGACGCCAUGGAGAAAGCCAUGGAGUUCCACGACACAUUACAGAAUCUCCAAGAGUUCCUGGACUCAGCCGAGGACAAAUUCUCCAAUAUGGGUGCCCUGGGCUCCGACAUUGACGGGGUCAAACGUCAGAUCGCACAACUUGCUACCUUCAAACAGGAGGUCGAUCCGCACAUGGUCAAAGUAGAGGCCUUGAACAGGCAGGCGCAGGAGCUGACGGAGCGCACGUCCGCGGAGCAAGCAGCGGCAAUCAAGCAGCCGCUGACGGAGGUGAACGCGCGCUGGUCGGCGCUGCUGCGCGGCAUGGUGGAGCGCCAGCAGCAGCUGGAGCGCGCGCUGCUGCGCCUGGGCCAGCUGCAGCACGCGCUGCGCGAUCUGCUGGCCUGGCUGCAGCGCACCGCCGACACGCUGGAUGCGUUGCACCCGGUGGCGGGUGAGCCGCAGAUCCUAGAAGUGGAGCUGGCCAAAUUGAAGGUGCUGGUGAACGACAUCGCGGCCCACCAGGCCAGCGUCGACACCAUCAACGACGCGGGCGCGCACAUCGUGCAGCACGGCAGCGAAGAGGCGGGAGAGACUGCUGAAAAGCUGGCAACACUGAACAAGCAGUGGCGCACACUGCAACAAAAAGCUAGAGACCGACAAACCGAACUCGAAGAUGCGCUUCGAGAGGCACAAAGCUUUAACGCGGAGAUCGGCGACUUACUUUCAUGGCUGUCGGAGGUUGAUGCUGUGAUUGCGGCUUCGAAACCUGUGGGAGGACUUCCAGAGACCGCUACAGAACAACUAGAGAGGUUUAUGGAAGUUUACAACGAAAUCGAAGCCAACCGGCCUAAGAUGGAGGCUGUGCUGCAACAAGGCCAGGAGUACCUGAAGCGGCAGGAGAAGCCAAACCCAACAUCGCAGCUACAUCACAACCUCAAGAACUUGAAGUCCAGAUGGGAUAAUGUCACUUCUAGGGCCUCGGAUAAGAAGAUCAAAUUGGAAAUAGCUCUGAAAGAAGCAACGGAAUUCCACGACGCAUUACAAUCGUUUGUGGACUGGUUGACGAGCGCAGAGAAGACCUUGACCUCCGCCAAACCUGUAUCCAGGGUCAUGGAGACACUGCUAACCCAAAUUGAAGAGCACAAAUCCUUCCAAAAAGAAGUCUCAACGCACCGCGAGACGAUGCUCCAACUGGACAAGAAGGGAACCCACCUCAAGUACUUCAGCCAAAAGCAGGACGUGAUCCUCAUCAAGAACCUGCUGGUGUCUGUGCAGCAUCGCUGGGAGAGAGUCGUCUCCAAGGCAGCCGAGAGGACCAGGGCCUUGGACCACGGCUUCAAAGAGGCCAAGGAGUUUAGUGAGAUGUGGAACAACUUAAUGAACUGGCUAUCGGAGACCGACCAGCAACUUGACCAGCUCAACUCUGAAGCCAUCGUCAACGACCCAGAGAAGAUCAAACAGAGAUUAAACAAACAUCGUGAGUUCCAAAAGGCUUUGGCCGCUAAACAGCCCGCUUACGAUCUAACUACGAAGACCGGCAAGAACCUGAAAGAUAAAGCACCGAAGACCGAUGAACCCACGCUCAAGACCAUGCUCGCAGAUCUCAAGUCCAAGUGGACUACAGUUUGCUCUAAGGCAGUUGAAAGACAAAGGCGACUGGAAGAAGCACUGCUGUAUUCUGGUCAGUUCAAGGACGCCAUGUCGGCUCUGCUCGACUGGCUGAAGAAGCAGGAGAAGCAGUUGUCAGGAGACUCACCCGUGCAUGGUGAUCUCGACACUGUGAUGGCUUUGAUAGAACAGCACAAGCAAUUCGAAGAAGAUCUACAUUCACGGGAGCAACAAAUGCAAUCUGUUAUGAAGACCGGCAAAGAUUUAGAAGCAACGGUUCCGGUGGAAGAUGCCUCCAACAUCAAGCAGCAAUGCAGUGAACUUAAACAAGCUUGGGACGCGGUUCAAAGCCUAAGUGAGAAGAAGUCGCAAAAACUUGAAAUUGCACUUAAAGAGGCGGAGCAGCUGCACAAGUCGGUGAACAUGCUGCUGGAGUGGCUGUCGGACGCGGAGACGCGGCUGCGCUUCUCGGGGCAGCUGCCCGACGCCGAGCCGGAGGCCGCGCUGCAGCUGCGCGACCACCAGCAGUUCGUGCGCGAGCUGCACGACAAGCUGCGCGAUAAGGACGACACCAUCGCGCUCGCCCACUCGCUCCUCGCCAAGGCGCACCCCGACGCUGUCACCGUCAUCAAGCACUGGAUCACCAUCAUACAGAGUCGCUGGGAUGAGGUAUGGCAAUGGGCAAUGCAACGCGGCAACAAACUCGAAGCCCACAUGCAGAGUCUUAAAGAUCUGGAUCUAGUGCUGGAAGAACUUCUGCAAUGGCUCACCGGACUAGAGAACACCUUGAUGUCAAUGGAGUCCGAGCCUCUACCGGAAUCAAUUGAACUACUGGAAGGUCUUAUAGAAGACCAUAAGGAACUGAUGGAGCACACGCAGAAGAGGCAGAAUGAAGUGGACCGAGUUUGCAAAGCUUACCAGGUGAAGAGCCAAAGCCAAGGUCGCGACACCACACCUCGAAAGGUAUCGGCCAAAAGUGCAACGAAAGGAACGCCUGGGCGCGGCUCCCAACACGAUUUGCACCGGGAGCGAUCUGUGUCGCCAGAUUAUUAUGGCAGUAGUAGGCGUUUCAGUCGCGUGAGCCCCGGUCGCGAGACUCCGGACCGCAAUCUGCCGCACUACGGGCCGCGAUUCCCGCCACGGGGCAGCAAAGGCGCGGAACCGGAGUUCCGUUCAUCACGCGUGAAGCUAUUGUGGGGCAAGUGGCGCACUGUGUGCUGGGAUGACUGGAGGAAGCGAUUCCUCAAGUUCAUGAACCACAAGAAGUCGCGCCUGACGGACCUGUUCCGCAAGAUGGACAAGGACAACAACGGUCUCAUACAGCGGAACGAGUUUAUAGACGGAAUCAUCAACACCAAAUUCGACACUUCCCGUCUCGAAAUGGGUGCUGUAGCGGACCUGUUCGACAGGAAUGGCGCUGGGCUUAUCGACUGGGAGGAAUUCAUUGCGGCCCUCAGACCUGAUUGGGUGGAGCGCCGCGGCCCGCCCACGGACGCGGACAAGAUCCACGACGAGGUGAAGCGGCUUGUGAUGCUGUGCACGUGCCGCCAGAAGUUCCGCGUCUUCCAGGUCGGAGAGGGUAAAUACAGGUUCGGCGACUCGCAAAAGCUGCGCCUGGUUCGAAUCCUGCGCUCCACCGUCAUGGUGCGCGUGGGCGGCGGGUGGGUGGCGCUCGACGAGUUCCUCGUCAAGAACGACCCCUGCAGAGCUAAGGGACGCACGAACAUCGAACUGCGGGAACAGUUCAUAUUGGCUGAUGGAGUAUCACAGAGCAUGGCAGCGUUCCGACCGCGUACGCCCCGCUCUAACACAAAUACGCCACCAUCCACAGGACCUAUAACAAAGGUAAGGGAACGAACAGUUCGCUCUGUGCCCAUGUCAGGCACGGGUGCUACAGGCCGCGCGUCAAGAUCUUCUCUCAGCGCUGGUACACCUGAUUCUCUUAGUGAUAAUGAAGCAGCAAGUGGACUUGGAACCAGAUAUAGGAAACCAAGUGUACCCAGAUCAACUCUAACACCUGGUGGUUCACGACCAGGAUCAAGGCCAGGGUCAAGGACGGGAUCCAAACCACCUUCAAGGCAUGGAUCGAACCUCUCCCUAGAUAGUACAGACGAAGUUUUAACACCAUCCCGUAUCCCGAUGCGUAAAGUGACAAACACACGGGCAUCAACAGCUCGAGCUGCUGCUACAGCUAGUAAGCUAGGAGUAACCACGCCUAAUGGUGGAUCUCGGCCAAGGACACCAACAGGAUUCCUUACACCAGCCAGUGGAAGCUCUACACAUUCCCAACCGUCGUCGAUGGCAUCCGAACAUCCCAAAUCUCUAUCAUAUAAUCAUCCAGCAUUCCAAACCCAAGGUUCCACAAAGAUACCAGUUUAUGUUGGCAACCGUUCACAAAGAUCACCCUCCGUUGAUCGAAAUCUGAAAAUAUCACGUAAAUCUCACUCCAGAGAAAUUUCUUUAGAACCCAGUCCUACAUCCCAUGAUCCCUCACGAAAAUCCGACCAAAGGAGUCCAGAAGACGAUUCUUCACUGUUCAGCAUAUCUGGAAUGACGAGCGACAAUGAAUAUGAAAGUAAUAUAAGCGAAUCAAGUGGCGAAGCACCAAAGCCAACUCAGCGCAACGUUAAAGGGAGCGGGUCGUUUGCUUCCACCGAAGGACAAACGCCUGGCCGAAGUCGCAUACCGGUUCUUAAGGAUCAGCACACUAACAGUAACGUUACUAGGCAAAGGACACCAUCGGGCAGUACCACGCCCGUGCGACCUGGUCAACAGACGGCGACUUCACGUUUGCUUCGAAAAAAAUCAGAUGCGUCAGAUAGUGGAGCACCUACUACGCCUCUGACUCGACGCGGCACUCCAGCAUCAUCUCGAACUACGGAAAAACGCGAACCGUUCCGACUUUAG